GUGACACACUUGAAAGAGUCUCGUUGUUCUACAACAAUGAUUGAUGUCGCCGACACUUUUAUACGGAUAAAUCCGCUUGAUAUACUCGAUUGCGAUUUUCCCAAGAACUUGAAUCAGUCAAAAUUAUAGAGCUGGUAUGGCGAUUUCGAAAACCACAUUCUAGCCAACCCGCUCCAAGUUGGAUGCGAUUAGCAAUUUACGCGACUCGCGCGUCGAACCCAACGAUCAAACCACAAUUUCAAUGACCCAAUACUUAGGAAGAGGCGUUACACGGUUGUUUGGAUAAUGCACUCCUUUGAUUUAGAUGGACGACCGGCGAAGAAGAGAAGGUUCUUCACAGAUAAGCCUGAAGAGCUCGAGGUCGACGCAUCCAGCCCAGCAACCCCAGGACCUACCGAGGUUGAUACCACUGCCUCUGAAGCAGGAUAUGGAAGCCCCAGAGCAGCAGUUUUAGACGACCGCGAUGCGCAAACCAACGUGCAACUUAAUACGAGCUCCGAGAACGCACCGGCCUCCGACCAGGAAACAUUCGAGCUCGUCAUAGGCGAUAAGAUUGAUCCCGACACCUGGCGAUUACUGAAGCAAGCGUCUGGGGAUAAUAUGGAAAGGGCGAUAAAUAUGUACUUUGAUGGCUCAUGGAAAGGCCCCACAGUAGCAGUGGCUUCACCUCCGCGGGCCACUGCUUCACAGCCCUUGACGAUAAACCCUGUGAAACCAGAAGUGCCCAAUGUUGGGCGAAGCUCGAAACAAACCCCGCGCCCGACUGAUCUUCGACGGAUACCUGAGUCCCGGUAUAUAGGCGCUUUUGGCGUAGAGGGAUGGGCUACCAGAAGUGGCACAGCCCUUAUUAAGCAUGGGGAGAGAGUGCGGAUCGAGCGCCAGAAAAUUCAGCCACCAAAGCUUCCGCCAGUUAAGAUAGGCAAGAACAAAAUCGCUCCAUUGCAAGUUACAACAAAGCCAAAGGGUGCUGCUGCCCGGAGAAUAGAUGUUAUUGUACGAUUUACCAAUUCUAGGGGCGAGGAGGUUGGAAGGCUUUCGAGAGAGACGGCAAAUUGGGUCUCGACUCUAAUUGACCAACAAGUAUGCAGCUUCGAGGGGGUCUGCGUUUAUGCCCCGGAUAGGGUGCGGACAAAUGAUACCAUUUUCUUACAGCUGCGUUGCAUGCUACUAAAAUCUGCAUUCGAUAACACUGGAUUCAAACCACCAGAUAAUAGAACGACCGGUCUAUUUGAGGAAAAGGAGACUUCCGAGGAAAAGGACCUGCGCUUACGGCAAGUUGCACUUGUUAAGCUCUUAGUGGAGGUGAAUCUACUCCCUUCAAGAACGAGCGAGACCACUACAAAGCACAAGCGUCAAGGCCUUCUUCAAGCUGCUGAGGUAGCCGAGCAAUAUGAAAAGGAGGCGGCAAAAAAAGAGAAGUCAGGAGGGGAACCUAGCUCUUCGCCAUCAUCGGAUACCGAGGAAGGCAAGGAAUUAGAACAGGACCAGCUGGAUACCUUGUACAGGAAGGCCCAAUCUUUUGACUUCAGUGCCCCUGAAGCGGAGCCGGCGGAUACAUUUGCGAUGGACCUAAGGCCAUACCAGAAGCAAGCGCUGCACUGGAUGAUGGCAAAGGAAAAAGAUGAAAAGGCAGAGAAAAAGGAGGUGUCUAUGCAUCCUUUGUGGGAAGAAUAUGUAUGGCCCGUGAAGGAUAUGGACGACCAAGAAUUGCCAUCGAUAGAGGGCAUAGAUAAUUUCUAUCUCAAUCCCUACUCUGGCGAACUGUCGGUCGAAUUCCCUAUGCAAGAACAGCAUUGCUUGGGAGGGAUUUUGGCAGAUGAGAUGGGCUUGGGAAAGACGAUUGAGAUGAUGAGUCUCAUCCACUCUCAUAAAUCUGAUGUCGCGAUGAAAUUACAAGAUGGAGAGCCUACGAUAACCUCUGUUAACCAUUUGCCUAGGCUGCAAACAUUCUCUUCCGUCGAGCGAGCCCCAUGCACCACUCUCGUUGUUGCCCCUAUGUCGCUUUUGGCACAAUGGCAAAGCGAAGCUGAGAAUGCGUCCAAGGAAGGAACAUUGAAGAGUGUUGUAUACUAUGGCAAUGAGAAGGCUGUAAAUUUACAGAGCCUAUGCUGCGCAACCAAUGCUGCCUCUGCGCCAAAUGUUAUCAUCACGAGUUAUGGUGUAGUCUUAUCAGAGUUCAACCAGGUGGCAGCAAGGAAUGGCGACAGAGGCACUCAUGGUGGCCUAUUUUCGUUGAACUUCUUCAGAGUCAUCAUUGAUGAAGCGCACCACAUCAAGAAUCGACAAUCGAAAACUGCAAGAGCAUGCUACGAAAUUGAGGCAGAGCAUCGAUGGGUCCUGACUGGCACGCCGAUUGUCAACCGCCUCGAAGACCUCUUUUCGUUGGUCAGGUUCUUAAGAGUUGAGCCAUGGAGCAAUUUUUCCUUCUGGAAAACAUUCAUCACUGUGCCAUUUGAGAGCAAAGACUUUAUGCGUGCACUUGACGUUGUGCAGACGGUCCUUGAACCGCUUGUGCUGCGCAGAACGAAAGAUAUGAAGACACCAAGUGGUGAGGCCCUCGUUCCCCUGCCGCCGAAGACGAUAGAGAUUGUGGAUGUAGAGUUAUCUGAAGCCGAGCGCGAAGUCUACGAGCAUAUAUUCUUUCGUGCGAAACGCGCCUUUGCAGCCAACGUUGAGGCAGGUACAGUAAUGAAAGCGUACACGUCAAUUUUCGCACAGAUCCUCAGGCUCCGCCAGACUUGCUGCCACCCAAUCCUAGUCCGGAAGCAAAACAUUGUUGCGGAUGAAUUGGAAGCUGACGAAGCUGCUGAUGCCGUGAGCGGACUUGGUGACGAUAUGGACUUACAAAGCCUCAUCGAGCGCUUCACAGCUGAGACAGAUGACAGCGCAGAUGCCAACGCUUUUGGUGCGCACGUCCUCGAGCAGAUCAGAGACGAGGCGGACAAUGAAUGCCCUAUUUGCAGCGAAGAGCCAAUGAUAGAACAAACCGUCACUGGAUGCUGGCACUCGGCAUGCAAGAAGUGUUUAUUGGACUAUAUCUCGCAUCAGGUCGACAAAGGCGACGCACCACGCUGCUUCAAUUGCCGCGAACCGCUCAAUACGCGUGACAUCUUCGAGGUGGUCAAGCAUGACGCCGAUCCCGAUGCUCCAGACGCGAAGCCACGGAUUGCAUUGCAGCGCCUUGGUUCAAACUCGAGCGCUAAGAUUACGGCGCUGAUCAGUCAACUCAAGGCCCUGCGACGCGAGCACCCAGGCACGAAAAGCGUUAUAUUCAGCCAGUUCACGUCGUUCCUGUCUCUGAUUGAGCCGGCGCUGACGCGUGCUGGAGUGGCCUUCUUGCGGCUGGAUGGGACGAUGGCGAUGAAAGCACGGGCAGCCGUGCUGAAAAGUUUCCGGGAUGCAAAGGGAUUCACCGUCAUACUACUUAGUCUUCGGGCUGCAGGAGUAGGGCUCAACCUCACCAUGGCGAGGAGGGUCUAUAUGAUGGAUCCUUGGUGGAGUUAUGCGGUUGAGGCGCAGGCCAUUGAUCGCGUUCAUAGAAUGGGGCAAACGGGAGAGGUGGAGGUGAAGCGGUUUAUCGUGCGAGAGAGCGUGGAGGAACGGAUGUUGCGGAUACAAGAGCGGAAGAAGUUUAUUGCGAGCUCUCUAGGCAUGAUGAGCGACGAGGAAAAGAAGGUACAGCGCCUUGAGGAUAUUAAGGAGCUCCUUAGCUAAGUGCCGCCUCUGCAUUUGAUCUGUCAGGGCCGGUAAAUUCAUGAAGAGGCCUUGUUUUAGCGGGUCGUUAUUAGGCAAAAGAACAACGCUGGUACGACACUGGAUACUGUAAUUUAAUUUAAAUUUUGGAAACGGUAAUUCCACAAGUGAAGCGCAGUAGUGAGACAGGGUGGGUGCUGGGGUUAGCUCAGAGUUUCCGAUGUUCUCCACUUUUAAUUUUCCGACGCUUAGUAAUUUUUCCGAGCUCAGAGGGUAUAAGUGGAAACUCGUCUUUAGCUCAAACGUCUUUUAUUCAUUUAUGCG